AUGAAUCCCUACGCCGCCCCGCCCUCGCCCCUCGUCGGGCACCCAACACCCUACCCCAACACCAGCCAGCAGGCGGCGCAGAACAUCCAGCCCGGUUCGAUCACAUACACCACCACCGUGGGCAACGAUGGCCAGGUCACCUACCACCCGUUCAAGGCGGUCACAGCCAGCUACCAAACCCCGCAAGGAAUCGUGAACGGCAUCCAGUGGAUCCCAGCCGAAGCCACUUCUGUCGUCCCGGCCAAUGCCACCCCCGCCGAUGCGGGCUUCACGUCCUCCCGCCGCGCAGACUCCGACCGAUGGAGAGGCGACGAGGAUCGCCGCCGCCGCCGGGAAAGCAAACGCUACGACGACGACGAAGAGGAUGACUACUACCGCCGCGACCGUGAGCGCGAGCGCGACCGUCCCACAGACGACUACCGUCGCCGCGAUCGCGAUGACCGUGACCGCGAGGGCGCCGCUGAACGCCGCACGAGUACCUACGGGGGCCGUUAUCCCGGCGAAUACGACAAAUACGCCUCUACGGACCUCGAGCGUCGCAUGGAAAACCUCGAUAUCGACCGCCACAACCGUGACCGUGAACGCGAGCGCGAACGCGAACGUGAGCGCGAACGUGAAUACGACCCCGCUCGUCCCCGACCCCGCCAAGGUUCGACCUACGGCGCCGAACGCCCCACAAGCACCUACCAGCCCGCGGCGGGCGGCGUUUACCCUGGGGCCUACCCCGGAAACGCAGGCAGUGGGUCCUCGUACACUCCCGCGGCAGGCGGUGUCUAUCCCGUGGGUGCAACUGGCUCGUACCGCUCCGCGUCGCCGCGCCCCAGCGACCUCCCAGGACGACCCUCGUCGCCUUACCGCGCGGCGGGCUCAAUCGCCGUUCCCCGCCCUGUGUCGCCCUACGCUCAACCCGCUGCGCCACGCCCUGUGUCUCCUUACGCUGCCGGGGGCAUUAUCCCUCGCUCAGCCUCGCCCUAUCAAGCGGGCGGGAUCCAGCGCGCCGCGUCGCCCUACGGCGGUGGGAUGGUAUCCACGGGUGCCGCUCCGUAUGGGGCGCAGCCAAUGUACUCCUCAGGACACGUCCUCGAGAGCCAGCCGAUGUACCGCAACGCGUCGAUGGGCGGGCGUGGCUCACGCGCCCCCAGCCCGUCUCCCUACGGCGCGAGCUCGGUCGCGUCCCCAUACGGAGCCGCACCGUCUCCCUACGCGCCGGCCGCGCCCCUGAACGUGUACUCCAACCCGAACAACCCUUACGGCGAAGCGGCUGUUAUCCCGCCCUACCCAGGCGGUAUCGCGCCGAGCCCGCGCGCGAUGAGCGCGCCGCUCGUGGGAAUGCAGCCCGUCGGCGGCGCGGUGCAAGUCCCCGUGCCAGGCCAGCUCGCGCCCCCGGAGGGCUUCAGCCGGCCGCCGAACCGCGCGCAUCCGUACACGCAGUUCGAGAUGCUCAAGAUCGGGGACAUGGACGACGUGCUCGAGCAGAUGCCGCGCAUGCCCGCCGUGCUCGUCCCGCACGACGUGUACCACGAGGACUGGAUCCGACUCAUGACGGACCUUGGGCUCGCCUGGUCCGGUCAGAUCAACCUGCCCGCCGUUGACGGCCGCACGCCGAAGCGCUCCCAGAUGGCGGCGGAGGUCAUCGACAUGUGGAACUCGUCGUUCUUCCGCCUCCGCGGCGUCGAGGCCGUGAUCUACAAGGGCCGCGAGCGGCGCUCGGGGCGGUACGCGGGCACGCUCGACGCGUCGCUCCCGGGCGUGGACCCGCGCGACGUGUCGUCCCCGAGCGCGACGGACGACUCGGCGGAGGAGGAGCUCGAGCGGCGCGACCGCGACCGCGACCGGGCGCGGUACGGGCGCGCCGAGGCGGACGCACGCUGGCGGGAGCGCAAGGCAGAGCGCGCGGAGCGUAGGCAGCGGAAGCUGGAUAAGAAGAUCCGUCGGCGGCAGAAGGAGAUGGACAAGACGUACUCGAUGUACCUCCAGUGCGUGCCCCCGACGGACGAGCGCGGGCUGUGA